GAGAAAAUGUUGAUUUGUGGGUAAUAUCGAGCAGCCUUUGUUCUGUUUUGUGAAGAAAAGGUGAAAUAUAAAAAAGAAGGGGUUGGGAUUGGGAAGGCGAGUGAGGGAUUCACGCUGCGUCUGUUCUUGUUGGAUCUCUCAUUCCGUAUCCUCCCAUAGCCUCACCUUAAGAUCUGAAACUCCUAAGUCGCUUCCAUGGCUUCCAAGCGCAUCCUCAAGGAGCUCAAGGACUUGCAGAAAGAUCCACCUACGUCCUGCAGCGCAGGUCCGGUUGCCGAAGACAUGUUCCAUUGGCAAGCAACAAUUAUGGGUCCGGCUGAUAGUCCGUAUGCUGGAGGUGUUUUUUUGGUUACCAUUCAUUUUCCUCCAGAUUAUCCUUUCAAGCCUCCUAAGGUUGCAUUCAGGACUAAGGUCUUUCAUCCGAACAUCAAUAGCAACGGGAGUAUUUGUCUUGAUAUCCUGAAGGAGCAAUGGAGCCCUGCACUGACCAUCUCUAAGGUACUGCUUUCUAUCUGCUCAUUGCUGACUGAUCCAAAUCCUGAUGACCCGCUUGUACCAGAGAUUGCUCACAUGUACAAAACCGACAGGACCAAGUAUGAAGCAACUGCACGCAGCUGGACUCAGAAGUAUGCCAUGGGCUGAUUUGGAGUUUUAGACCAUGUAUAAAUUACAUUUAUGAAAACUGUUUCUGGUUUGCUUAUGUUUCUUCCUGUUUUCUUGGGUGAGAUUCUGUUUGUUGUGUGGGAAAGAAAAGGUGGUGUUGUACUUUGAUAAGAAAAGUAUAACUUUAUUUUCAAGCAAGUGAUGUGUUCGUCAUAAUGGAAAGUCAUGAACAAGAUGCUAUCUCUUGUUGUAACUUUCUCUAUGAAGCAAUGUAGAAUUAGUGAGUGUCGCAUAUCAACUUUGCUUGUUAUGAUGACACCUCUUCUGUCAAA